GUUAUGUUGUUAUUCUGUUUCAAUGUGUUAUUUUAUGUUUAUGGUACCUCAGGAAGAAUAGCUUCAUCAGAGCUGCAGCUAAUAUAGAUCCUAAUAAAAAAAAAAGUUGGACUAUCACCGUUAAGAUCAAACCAAGCGACAGUAACACAGUAACACUUUAACCCACUAUACUCCCUUUAAAACAAAUAAAACUUGUUUCAGUUACAUUAAUAUACGACAGCUGCAGCCUUUAGUGAAGCAGUUUGCCUCAGACAUUUGAGACAGAUUUACAGCAGGAGAGUUGCUUCCAAACAUUUAAACUUCCUACUGACGGCUCUAUGGGAGCCUCGCUCUCAGCAUCCUGACAGGGAGCCAAUGGGAGCUCCAUGUCGCACGAGCCCGCCGCCUCCCCGGCACCGCGUCCCGCGCGCUCAUUGGACGCACCAACGGAACCCGGGGAACUCGCACACGAGCCGCUCGCGUGCAGGCCUGAACUCUAUAAAUAAGAGCGCAGGCGGCGGUAACAGGAGUCACUUCUCACAUUUGUCAUUAGCGAAGCUGCGGCUCUGCGGUCUGCCAGGAGAGAGGCGGGACUCGCUGCGCUGGAUUUUCUAUUGCUCGGUUAUUGAUAAAGUACUUUUAUUUUUAUUUUUUUUACUGUGGCUCUAAUAUUGAUUUAAUCUGGAAGAUGCCAGCGGGCUGUUUAGGAAGAACAUCUCCAUCGUCCGUGGCUGCCAUCCCGGCAAGUGGCGACUCCACGCCUGAGAAACCCCGCACUCAGACAGAGAGCAGGAAGUCCUCCAAACCAAUCAUGGAAAAGAGGAGACGUGCUCGCAUUAAUGAGAGUCUGGGUCAGCUGAAGACCCUCAUCCUGGAUGCGCUCAAGAAAGAUAGCUCCAGGCACUCUAAACUGGAGAAGGCUGACAUCCUGGAGAUGACUGUGAAGCAUCUCAGGAACCUGCAGCGACUUCAGAUGACCGCUGCUGUAAACACGGACCCGUCCGUCCUGAGUAAAUACAGAGCAGGCUUCAGUGAGUGCGUGGGAGAGGUCACACGUUUCCUGUCCACGUGUGAAGGAGCGAACCCAGAGGUGAGGACUCGCCUCCUCGGCCACCUAGCAGCCUGCAUGACCCAGAUCAACGGCGUGAGCUUCUACGGACCUCACCUAGGCGGACUGGGGCCGGGGCAGAACGGCACGCAGGUUUCAGCCGCUUCCGCCGCACAGGCGCCUUGCAAGAGCAUGUCACCGCUGCACACGUCCCCCGAGGUCAUGAAACUGUACGGCGGCUUCCAGGUCGUGCCGACGCCAGACGGACAGUUCGCUUUUCUUGUUCCCAGCGCAGCCCUCGCACCUCUGACAGCGCAGAACAGCCAGCAUGCGUCGCCUGUUGCACCCGCAGUCACCUCAGACUCUGUGUGGAGGCCGUGGUAGGAAACGCUGCUGAGUAGAUUGUGAGGGGUGGAAAAAAAAAAGACUAUUGCACAAUAAAGCUUAUUUUUGUACAUUUUGUAAAUAACUUUCAGAACCUGUGAGAAUGUUGUUGAAACACAUUUUUUUUUUUUUUUUUAUAUGGACACUAUAAAAGAUAUUUUUUUGCUUAUUGUGAUUUUCUGUUUUUUGAUAUGGCACAAUUCAUUUGCCUCAGCGGGCCUAGAAAGCCCAACAGCUCUUGAAAAGCACUGUAUUUUCUCAGAUAAAUAAAAUGUUUUUAUGAUGUUUGUAGUCGA